CAACAUACACACAAUCUGGUGCUGUUGGGCAUGAACACCGCAAUCACGUGCCCUCGUAACCCAAAACUGAGGCGUGCUUUCUCCGUUCAGCCUCACCUGCAUUGCGCAGGGGGUUAAGGCAAACCUAUUCCAAUCCACGACAAUGUUCACUUUGUAACCUACAUCCUACAAGGCUUCACCCUGAGUCGAGAGAUGGUUGUGUCUGCCGUGGACGUAAUUACCUACGUUGGAAUUCCUCUGGCUGUGCUCGGCGUCCUUCCAACGAUUUAUACGUGUCUAAAGUCAUACUUCACGUUACGCGAGAUCACGAAGACAUUACACCGCAAUGGCGUUAUCGCAAUCACGCGUAGCGCUUUGCUUUCCGGCAUUGUAGAAAUCGAAAUUCCGCGUCGCAGUAUUAUUCCAUUAGAUCGAAGUGACCCAAGGUAUUUUGGCCUUCGGGAAACCCCAAGCAAACUCAAAGGAGGCACCUGGACUCUGUUUGACUGGAAAGAAAUGAUAAUCGGAGUAAAGAGCUAUAGACUGCAGUACCAGGACGAGCUAGUGCAACCGCAAGCCGAGAUUGAUUUCGAGGCACUCGUCGCUUUCUUGUUAGAUCGAGGUGCUGUACCACAUAAAGAAGGGUGGGCGGACUUGCGGAGUGCGGGACUAUGGGCGCCAGUAGGAACGAAGUUGUUGACGAGUCCCGUGAGCACUGAAGAGGCGCUGAGUUUGGCAAUGAGCGACGAUAGCGAUGGAAAACUGAGCCUGUCUUUGAACUGGAAUGAGGAAUGGGAUACGAGAAGUAAGAAUAGCCUGCCACCGUACUGGGUUAAAGUCGAUGCGCCAAAUUCGAAGCAUGACGUUAUUGCGGCCAUCAAUUUGGUAGAUCAGGCACGACAAGAAGGUGCAUCAGAUGUUACCCGUCACGACCAUGGCGGGUUCUUGGAUGAUGACAGCGUCGUGAGCGUCAACUUGGGUUUCAAUCCUUCCAUUCGCGUCAGAAUUGCGGCAGCUGGCAUCCAAGAAUCACACUUUGAGGCCGACCCAAGACGCCUGGUUCCACUCCUUCACCUUCGCUCUCCCCCAAUGUCACCGGACUCUACACCAGGUUUUUGGUUUUCUUGUGGAGCAACAGCCCUCCAAGCUCCACAGGGAGGACUCUGGGCUUUCUCGAUUCCGUCCGAGAUCCUCGCUAUUGCACGUCAGGAAACCGUUCCUUGUGGUGUGAUGGUUCUCUUGCAGAUUCUCACCGACGACGAAGUGCCCGCCUGGCACACGGUAAAACACGAUCAAGAAGUUGAUAGGCUCGAGAGCCACUUCAAGUUCACCGAGCAGGCUCGAAAGAUGAAUGAGGAGAAUCGUCUACCGCCCGCGCAGCGAGAUGAGGCCCGCAGAAAAAGACAGGAAAGUCAAUUCUUAGAUUAUCACAACGAAAUGCGCAGAAAGUUGAUGCGCGACGAACAGAGACGGGAAACACAGAUUGUGGAUGCGGUUCAGAGUCAACGGCUGCCCAUCACUGUCGUCGUUGAAGCCAAUCUGAAAUUUCUUCGAGAGAAACUUGGUUUGGAGCGCAAGCCAGAUGUAUCAGGGCUUCUCAAACAGAUACUAUACGCUAUGCUCCAGGAUCCUGCAUUUGCACGUCGGCUGGCAACCAUGUUAGACUUGUGGAAGAGUUGGGCGCAAUCAGGAGGUAUGUCGAAGAGCCAUUAUCUUGCCGUAAGGGAAGAUCAGAUGAUGUUUGCACUAGCCAGCGUAGUGUGGGCAGCAAUGAGAGAGAUGGUCAGUGAGCCAAUGGGAACUGUGGUGGGCGAUCUGCAAGAGUGCUUGAGAAUGUGGAAGAAAGUCCGGCUUGGGUGA